GGGCGGGAAUUCCAUACCCAGUGUCCGCCAUCUUGUUUCGGUUCCCGCUAACCCCUCCCCCUCGUCUCCCGGAGCGCCCAGACCAGCUUUACGACUGUCUCAUUGAGACGGGUUUGCUCCCCUGCUAACAAUCAUUCAACCGGUGGACCGUAGUGUGUUUUGGAAGCCGUAGGAAAAGCCGAUCAUUUGUACGUUGCACCGAGGCAGCCGAGACCUUUUUUUAUCAGGUCUGGUUAUUGUGGCCAGUGAUUUGGUGACGGUUUUCUUUGCACAACAAUUUACAGCCAUCAGUCAGUCCUCCUCCACCAGCCUGAAACAUGUCUGCAGAUGGGGCAUUCGGAAGCAGCAGUGAUGCACAGCAAAGCCUUCAGUCUUUCUGGCCUAGGGUUAUGGAAGAGAUCCGCAAUCUAACAGUGAAAGAUUUCAGAGUUCAGGACCUCCCCCUGGCUCGCAUAAAGAAGAUCAUGAAACUUGAUGAAGAUGUGAAGAUGAUCAGCGCUGAAGCCCCAGUUCUGUUUGCCAAAGCUGCACAGAUUUUUAUAACCGAGUUAACCUUGCGUGCCUGGAUUCACACAGAGGACAACAAAAGGAGAACUCUUCAGAGAAAUGACAUCGCUAUGGCAAUCACAAAGUUUGAUCAGUUUGACUUCCUUAUUGACAUAGUCCCUAGGGAUGAAUUAAAACCUCCAAAGCGCCAGGAAGAAGUUCGUCAGACUGUGAACUCCACAGAGCCAGUUCAGUACUACUUUACUCUAGCGCAGCAGCCAACAGCUGUACAAGUGCAAGGACAAACCGCUGCUCAGCAGACUACAUCCUCCACCACCACCCUCCAGCCUGGUCAGAUCAUCAUAGCUCAGCCACAGCAAGGCCAGAAUGCACCAGUCACCAUGCAGGUUGGAGAGGGACAGCAGGUACAGAUUGUACAGGCACAACCUCAGGGACAAAGUCAGCAAGGGCAGAGUGGGCAGACCAUGCAAGUCAUGCAGCAAAUAAUCACCAACACAGGAGAGAUCCAGCAGAUCCCGGUUCAGCUGAACACCGGGCAACUGCAGUAUAUUCGACUAGCCCAGCCAGUGUCUGGAACACAAGUUGUGCAGGGACAAAUCCAGACCCUAGCAGCCAAUGCACAGCAGAUUGCACAAGCCGAUGUCCAGCAGGGACAGCAGCAGUUCAGCCAGUUUACUGAUGGCCAGCAGUUGUACCAGAUUCAGCAAGUGACGAUGCCAGCGGGGCACGACAUGACACAACCACUGUUCAUCCAGUCCAGCGGGCAGACAUCAGAUGGACAAAGCACUCAGGUCUCUGGGGACUGAGCAGGCAAAUGUUGAGGAAGGAACUGGAGAAAGAACGCAGACACACACAUGUACACAUAUAUACACGUAUUCAGACGUGCUGACACUCGCCUGCCAACGGCUCUACUGGCACUCAAAGGGUUAAAGGGAAAAAUGUUUGCAGUUCAUGAUUAGUGCCAGCCUUCAGGAAAGCGGGGACCUGAAUUGGUUCUGUUGUGUAUGUUGCCCUGUGAGGGGACCACUCUUCAGAGGGGGGUUGUUGUGAAUAAGCUGAUUACAAAACAGAAGCACAAGAAACGCCUGAGAGAUCCCUACAGCGCAUUUCCCAUGAUCACAUCCCGUUCGCUCGAAAAAAACCCUUACAGUGCAGAUUUCCAUUCAUUCAAAGGCACAGCACCCUUUUAAAUGUGAUGUUAUUAAAUGAGCCCAUGUACCAUAUGUUUCAGUGCUAGGAGAGCCACAGGUAAUUGGUAACGAUAAAAAAAAAAUAUCUUGAUCCCCUUUAAGAGAGCAACAUUUCUUUUUGACAUUUCCUUUUCCGGAAGAAACAAAAACAAAGCAUCGCCUGCCGCUCGUGUUCAUCAUCUGAUAGAACCUUCCUCCCAUAUCAACCAGUGACAGCGCUGUGUAAACUGGAGCCCACUGUCAGCCACACAGCAAUAAAGCUUUGGCAUUACAUUUGGACUGGAUACAUAUAUAUAUUUAAGAAGUAAUGUUUGGUGUGUAAGGGGGGGGGGGUGUCAGUUUUUAUUAUUACUAAUUUUUUUGUCUUUUUAAUGUAUUGCUGUAGUCUGCUUUGUGUACACAUGAUAAUUCUGCACAGACAGCAAUAAACUUUUUAGAUACAGGCGGUUUUUCUUUUUACCUUUGCAUUCCACUGGCUGCUCACAGGAAGAAAAUAAAAUAUUCUCAAACGUGA